GUUCUUUUCAGAUGUCAUUUUACCCUAUUUUUUUCUUUUCUUUUCCUCCGACAAAACGAUUGAGGCACUGGCGUGCCAAUUUCACGAGAAGCCUUUCCCUAGUAGCACAUUGUUGAUUGUCUAUGUCCUCCUAAUCAGUAUUCUCCAUAGGCAGGAAUUGCAAAUAAGUAGCCAUGUAGCAUUUGUUGGUUGCAGUAUUUGAUCAUCUGUUCCAAAUUCACACUCAAAUUGAGGUAAUUUGUUAUCACAAAAGGCCAAAAAGCAACGGGCGCGACCAGACUCACCAGUCGUCAGGUUACCUAAUCCUUGGCUCCAGUGAACUCCUUCCUUCCUUUAUUGGCCAAACAGAUCCAUCGAGUCGGAUCCCAUGGCGAGCGGCGCUUACCCCGUGCAGCUCCUCCACCUCCCUGGCGGCGGCGGCGGCGGCCAAUGGUGCAACCUCGGCGCCGCCUACGCCGCCGUGACGUUCCUCCGCCCGCAGGGGCAGUCCCUGGUCCUGUACGCCGCGGGCCCCGACGGCCAGCCGCAGCGCAUCGUGUUCGUGUACCCGAUCCUCCCCGGCGACGCCUUCGAGAGGCUGGACGGCGCGACGCUCUCGUGGGCGGAGCCCGAGUCCGGGAACGGGUUCGCGCUCUGCUUCCUCGACGACGCCGCGUGCGGGGCCGUGUGCGGCGCCAUCGCCCCGGUGGUGAGGAGCCCGGCGGUCGACGGCAUCGCGGACACCCUGGCGGGGCUCCGCGUGGCGAGGGAGGACGGCGCGCCGGCGCCCGGCGGAGGGGACAUCGCCGCGCGGCUCGCGCAGCUCAGCAUCGGCCGCCCGUGAACUGAAAUCUAACCAGCUACUGCUGAUACAGACUUGAGCUAGGUUUCAGUUUUCAGUUAGGCCGUCGUCUUCAGUCGUUGUCGACGCGAUUCAGCUGCCUGUUUAACCUGUACUGUACAUACAUACAUACACUGCACUAGUAUCUGCUAAAUCUUAUCGGAAUCAACAAUGGCAGUGCUCUUCUCUCAUGACUCUCUCUAAGAGUGCAAGAUUUGUUCUUCCA